GGACGUGCCUGCGGCAGCCCCCAGCCAGCACCAGGUCUCCGGGUGCACUGGGCUCAGCUCCUCGCCUGAAUGAAGCCCGUGGUGGUGCAGCCGUGUCCUGCUGCACACAAAACAGUGGGGCACAGGAACGGGAUGACCCUCCACCUGCAGACCUGGCCCUGUGCCCCGUCCCUUCUGCCCUUUGGAGCUGCUCCAUGCACCCGCGCUGUCCCCAGGAUCUGCUCGAGGACAUCCACGGGCAGGCUGGAGACAUGGGGGACCAGCCCCGUCCACUGGGCAGCAGGGAUCCAAAAAGCCACCUCCGCAAGGUGCUGAAGGAGCUGUCGCUGCUCAGGCUGCUGAAGCGCACGAACCGCAGGAUCCUGCGGCUGCACGCCGUGGCCGUGCAGUGCUGGCACUCGCUGGCGGCGCAGGGGCUGCCCGGCCUCCUGCCGCUCCCUCCCAGGAUGUGCCACCUCACACCAAAGCCACAGGAGGUCACGGAGGAGGCCGUUGGCAGCCCAGCAACCAACACCACCAGCAGCAAGGAUGUGCCCAUGGACCCCGAGACGGGGACCCCGCCGGGGGAUCCCCAGCCGCUCGCCAAGGACCAGGGGGCUGGCGAGGCCAAGAAGGACUUGCUGGGGACCCUGCCCCAGCGCUUCCACUUGCCGGCCCCCAAAGUGCUCUGCCGGCCGUCGGCCCAGCGCUGGGUCAAACCCUGCUGCACCCGCUCCUGCGGCGAGAGCCUGGAGCACACGCUCACCAUCCGCUACCCGCAGUGAGGGCGAGGCGCCGCUGCCAUCGGUACGAACCCCAAGGUGCAGCAUGCCCUGCUGGCUGGGCAGGAGUCUUUCCACCUCGGGGACCCCUGUUAAGGCCCAGCUCGUUAGCAAGGUGGUUGUGCUGCUGGCUUUCCUUCCAGGGCUGCCGGAGGUUCGGGGCUGGGAGGAGCAGGAGGUGAGCUCCCGAGAGGAGAUCUGUGGGGUGAGCCCUUGUGCUGUGAAUAAAGGGAGUGAGCUGCAUCUCCCUGACCCAGA